CUUCUUCGCCUUCGUUAACUGCUCAUUCACAGCAAAAAUCGUAUCCUUCAGUUUCUGAAUCUUGAGUUGAUUAUCAAACGAUUCUUUAGCGUCGGCGAUCACUUGGCGAGUCGUUUUGAUGCGCUCUUUCACUUCCUUCUCGAAUUGCCGCAACACCGACUCGUCAAUGGAGAGGGAAUCGGACUCGAAGAGAGCACGAUGAGAGGGUUUGUUGAUGAGAUCGGUGUAAUUCCGGGAGAGAUCCGCGAAAAUCCUCACGAGCUUGGAGUUCUCAAGCUUAAGCUUCCGCGCAUAGGACGCAUACGCCAGCACCAGCGCACGGUGGUCGUCGGCUUGCUUCCGGAUCUGGUCCAAUCGGGGCUUGAGUGGAUCUGAUUUCAGCGCCAGCACUGAUCUCCUCAUCGAUCCAACCCCAUAAGAACCCGAAUCGACUCCCUAACCAUAAACCGACACCAUUAAA